CUUCAUAGUUUAUGUUCCGAAUUUUAAUUUCUAUUAGGUACCGAAGUCAUUAAUUUUAUUUAAUUAAACAAGAACCUAUUUGUUUCUUUCUAGUUCAUAAAUUUUCUGUUUCUACUUUCUAUGACGUAAAUUUCAAAACAAGAAGAUUCAUGAGUAAACUUCUCCGGUUUUGUAAACAAUCACUCGCUAAAGGCGAGAAAAGAUUUUCUGUUAACGGCCCUGGUAGGAAGAACCAGACUCAUAAACAAACCAUGAACAUUAAUAAGACUAUUACAGAAUUGGGAUAUGCGUUUAAUGCAGAUGGUCAACUGAGAAAAAUAGAUGAAAAUGGUCAGCCUGGUGACAAUCAAUUCCAGUUUACAAUCAGCAAUGACCACCAGGAGUGUCAAGCUCACUAUGAAGUCCUUGGCACAGCAAUUACUCAAUACAUAUAUAAUUUGCUAGAGAAAGAGGGCUUAUAUAAGCUGCCUGUACCUAAAGGAAGUACGGAAGACAAUGGUACUUUUAUAUUUGUAUCAAAAGACUAUGAUAAGCAGGAUGUCUUAAUGGUGCUAAUACAUGGCUCUGGUGCUGUCAGAGCUGGGCAAUGGGCUCGCUCGCUUAUAAUCAAUGACUGCAUUGACACUGGCACUCAAAUCCCAUACAUCAGGCAAGCUAUUAAGCGUGGGUAUGGUAUCAUGGUACUGAAUUGCAAUGACAAUUAUCGUGAAGACAAGAAAAUUCAACAUAGCAGUACAGCUGAGGAACAUACGGUGUAUGUAUGGGAUGCAUACAUAACGAACACAAAAGCUUCAAAUAUUGUUAUAGUGGCCCAUAGUUAUGGUGGAGUCAUAACUGUCAUGUUGGCCGAAACACAAAAGAAACAAUUUGAGAAAAGGGUCAAAGCAGUAGCGUUGACCGAUUCGGUUCACGGUUUCUCAGGUGCUAAAAUUUCAAAGCAUUUGAAAAGAAUAUCAAAAAAUUGGAUAUCAAGCACAUCGCCAUUAGAUACACCAAUGAAAACACCAGAAUUUGAUAUUACAAGAGUUUCAGCUGGUCACCCAAAACAUGAAAUGACAUCAUGUAAAUGUAUAGAUUCAGUCUUCACUUUUUUUGAAGAAAAGCUUAGAGAAUAAAUAAUAUCUAAUUCACCAAUUUUGAGUAUAAUUAUUGUGAUAUAAAAUACAAGUCAGGCACAAAGAAUAGCACAAUUUAUACAAACAUGACAGAUAGGGCUUGCCUAGCUUCGGAAUUUAGUUACUGUAAACUUUUUACAAAAUUAAUAAAUAAAUUUAGGUUAGUAGAAGUGACUCUGUCCAUGUGAUUUCUAUUCAUGUUUUCACUACUAAACGCAAAAGCAAUUGAAGCAUGAAUUGGUUUUAGCCGAAUUACACAAGCAUGACAAGAUCCAAACCAAUGUGAAUGUGAUGCUGGUAGCACAGUAGGUGGGUACAACCUUCUCUGCUUUAUGGCUUAUGACAAACAAUGGGGCAUGGAGACUUGAUGAUUAUGAAGCUGCACAUUGGAAGUAGCAUAAAGCCUAUAUUAUAUUUUUUGACGUUACAACGUCUUAUAGUUCGAUGGAGCCGGCUGCAUGCACGAAAAAACAUGACGUAGGCUAUGGGUAAGGCUUGAAGUGCAAGCAAGAGCGCGGAACGAGC